CCCCAAUAGCCAACAAGAGGAGAGGAUCCAAACACGCAGCUCUAGUGAGCUCCGUCCCACACACAGACUCCGGCUCCCUGUGGCCCGCGGCGUGAGCGUGUCGUGUCCCGCAGGGCCACCUUUGCUCUCUAACCCCUUCCACCACACGCGACCGCCGUCCCCGCGCGAGUUGCCGAACCCACGUCUCCCCUCGCCCCGCGCCGACCCUACCAACCCUCGGGCCCGCCCAUGGAGAUCUCCGCCUCCGCUGCGCCGGCCGCCUCCUCCCCGCCCGCCAGGCCGCUGGUCCUGCGCCCGUUCGCCUCGUCAUCGCCCCACCCGGCUACGUCCUCCUCGACCACCAUCCGCCGCCGCCCAUCCUCAUCGGCCACUGCCACGGUCCGCCGCCGCGCGCGCACCCGCCCCCGUACAGGGCGGUCCAAGCCCCCCGCCGACUCGGGCGACUACUUCUCCGGCAACGACGGCCCCGGUCUCGGUGGUUCCGGCGGCGGUGACGGAGGAGGACGGUGGAGCUGGAACAGCGGGUUCGGCUCUGGAUCAGACGGCCCCGACGACUGGGAGCCCGAUGUGCCGGCGCCCCGGAGGUCAGCGGCGGAUGCGGCGCUCGGGGUCGUCUACGAGCUCAUGUGCCUCAUCGCGCUCUCCAACUGCACCCAGUUCGCCGUCCGCAGGCUCGCGGGCCUCCUCUCCGCCCGCGUCGCCGCAUUGCGAUUCGUCCCCACCGUCUGCUGAUCAUCCGUGGGGGUUUGUUUUACUUCCUCUUCCUCCUGCCCGUCUACCUGAAAUCGCUUCUGUACAUAUAUCAGCCUGCAACUGCGGUUUUAGGGGAUUGGGGCCUUGGGGGAAUCAGGACCUCUGCCUGUUGUUCCUCGGUGCGUGCCUCAAGCAUUAUACCGUUGAACAGUAGCAAAAUUCGUCGAAUCCAAUUGGAGAAACACAAAAAUAAGAUCAACUUGUUUAUCCUUUGUUGUUGUACUCAAGAUUGAUUGAUGCCUAUUGUGUUAGGAUGCAUCAUUAUCUGUUCCAUGUGUAUAUAAAUGUGCUGUUAUUAAGUUUCUUGGUACUUCAUGGAAUGUCAAGGGCAGUGCGUUUGGGGAAUUCUCAUAGAUCCGGUUAGUUGAAUGGAAGCUCAAUUAACUAGCUAUAUGGCU